AUGCCUAGUAUCGAAGAACAGCCUCCCUUUAGGGUUCUCGUUGUCGGAGGAUCUUAUUACGGGUUGGCCGCUACUCUGAACCUUGUCGAUUUGUGUCAUGGCCGAAAAUGUCGAUUCAAUUUAGAUGAGAACGACAGGGGCCCAGAGUACAAGGUUCCCGUGCAAGUGACUAUUGUGGACGAGCGCGACGGUUAUUACCAUCUGAUCGGACUGCCUUUAGCCAUAGCCUCUAAUGCCAACGCUAGUACGUUUUGGAAGAAGUUCGAGGACAUCCCCGCCCUCCAGUCCCCGGAUAUCAGUCCCAUCCAAGGACGAGUAGACUCGAUAGACUGCAAGUCCCGGACUGCGCGGAUCCAUCAACGUACUGCGAACGGUGGGCACAGAAUGGUCGAAGAAAGAUAUGACUAUAUGAUUGCGUGCUCGGGCUUACGAAGAGAGUGGCCUAGUGCGCCCAAAUCUUUGACUCGUGAGGCAUAUCUAGCCGAAACUGCAGAUUCUGUACAGAGUAUUGAGAAAGCCAUGGAAGGGGUAGUUAUCAUUGGAGGCGGUGCUGUUGGUAUCGAAAUCGCCGCCGAGAUCAAAAUGCUCCGACCUCAGACAAAGGUGACUCUCGUUCACUCUCGGCAACAACUGCUCUCCUCUGAAGACCUCCCCGAUGAGUUCAAAGCCAAGACGCUUGAAAUAUUGAAAGAGUCUAAGGUCAAAGUGGUACUGGGAGCACGCGUCCAGGAUACAGUUCUCAGUAGCGACUCCGCUCCCGUGAAGUACACGAUGAAGCUUUCGGAUGGCCAAGAGCUUAUUGCUGAUCAUGUAAUAAAUGCCGUGUCACGGUUUGCACCAACAUCCUCAUACCUUCCUCCGGAUGCCUGUGAUCCUGAGGGAUAUGUUCGUAUCACGCCCGGUCUUCAGUUUGCCACAGAUGUGCCCAACAAGGAAUACCACUACGCUGCCGGUGAUAUUGCCUCCUGGUCUGGUAUUAAGCGUGGAGGAGCGGCGAUGCACCAGGCGCACUUAGCAGCUGUCAAUAUCCACCAGCAAUUGCUAGCGAAGCGGUACAAUACGAAGCCCAAGUUUGUCGAGCUAGUUGAGACAGCUCCGAUGAUGGCUUUGGCUCUUGGAAACACAGCUGUUGGGUAUUUCCCAGUCAUGGGGUUGUCCUCGGGCGAUGAGAUCCGUAAUAUGUUUUUUAGUGAUGACCUAGGCUAUGAAAUUUGUUGGAAAUGGAUGCGUUUGGGGGAAGCGACCGAGUAA